UGCUUGACUGUCGUUCCGAUGACGCAGAGUUGACCACAACUAUGCGGGAGCAGGUGUGGAAGACUUUCAGUGACCUGACGGAACAGAGGAUGCCGCUUGAGAUCUCGAAAGCCUUCGAAGGGGAAGGUCCGCAGGGGCUUCCACUAGGCUUGCGCAAGGAUCACAAGGAGUGAAGCGGAGGCCACGAGACCGAAAUGGAAUCGCUCAGUCGUCUUGCCUGCCUGUACCGAUGCAUGAAGAGGGAAUUUACUGCUAGCAGAUUCAAAUCCUUCUACAACCCCAGCGCCGCGAACAGAGGUUACAGCACCGCGAAACGUCCGAUGUGGUGGGGCAAGACAGCCGCUCAGGUGCUGGCCGACGAGCCUUCCGGUCUCAGUCUCGAAGACACCAUGCUCCAACAAUACGUUCCUGAUCCGGUCGCGUACUCGAAUGUGCCAUGCACAUACCGCCUGGUGAACGUGCGAGAUGACGACAUCAAGGAGCGUUGGAGCUGGAAGGAACCGCCUCCACCAGAUCUCGAUGACGACGAGCAUGAGAUCCGUCCUCCCAUGGAGUUUGGCCAUAUUGGUCUCUGGCGGCAGUCAAUUCGCGAUACAUUCAACACCGCGCAGUACGGAGUGGAUACCAAUGAGAUCUUCAUUGUCGUCGUGCGGAAGAACCGCAAAAGCGCGGAGCAGGGCGAAAUCGUCUCGGCGGACCAAAUUGAUAUGUCGCUCGAGGAUAUUGCAGCCAGGUUCGCCGACGAUGUCGAUAAGGUGCGAUUCGAUAUCACGCUUUAUCGAGCAAGGCGCCCUAGAAACGAAGCCGGCUGCAUCCCAAACACCCUAGCUCGUUACAUCCCAGCGAAUGCUAAAGGCAGCGACAUGCGCACAAAUAGAGAAUCAGUCGACACAGAAAUUGCGAACUCGAACAUGCCAGCCGAAAAGGUGGGAUCCAAGAUUGGACCCGAGGAUGGUUCCUUGCCGCCGGGAAGCCCCUGUCAUGGCGCGACAACGUUCCCAAGGGUUAGCGAGUCGAACGCCUUCGGCGGCGGAGCACAGGACACCUCAGAGUUGGAGCUCUUACACAAGACACCGGAUCUGCAACGCCGACUCCAUGCCAAUGUCGAAGAUGCCAUAGAUGACAGCCCGGAUGUUGGGGAAGAUGCAGACCACCUGCUCGCGGAGUACAUGAUGGAAGACACAGAAGUCCUGCUCGCGCAAUACAGGAAGAAGAAGAGGUCAGGCUCUCACGCGGGAGAUGCCCAAGACCUGGCACGGUGCAGGGUCCUCGCCGACAAAUUGUUGGAGCUGCCCGAUGACCUCGUUCUGAACCAAGAAGCGCGCUUGGAGAAGACACUUGCCGAUCCGCCGAAGAUGGUCAAGGUUAAGGGCGGCAGGAAGGGAGGUAACAAGGAAUGAUCAGCUUCUCAGAAGUGGGUGGGGUUAAGGGAUGAGAAGGCUGAGCAUUCCGCCCGCCUUGUAGCGACCAUCUGCAUGGAACGCGGGAUGGGGAGUCUGCCGAUGCGGAGAAAACAAAGGUUCACAGUUAUGGUGCGACACAACAGUGCUUACCAGCGAGGUUUGAGAGUAAACAGUACCUUGAUAUUAGUUUGAACAGCGUCUUUUGGGAUCUUUCCUUCGCGCCGUAAGCUUCACGCCACAGAUUGCUACACCCACCAGCGCCGCAAAUGCAAGGCCAGUAUGAGACUGUACAAGGUUGAGUUAGAACGCUUGUAUGCGCAGGA